UUGCAAGCUGUAUGGAAGGCAGGACUGUCGGCAACGCCCGGACGGGCAGUCGUAGUUCCAAGUCAGUCACGACAAGCCUCUGGACACCGCUCCUCGACGUCUACGAAUACGUGACAACAUUGCACGACUGGGGUGAAGUGUGUACACGUCUCCCGACUGGAAGCUAGCCUACAGCGACACUCACCUUGGUGAUCCCUCACCACCACUGCACACGAGCACACCACGCGCGCAUUCCAUGCUGGGCCUCCAAGAGCGCUUCAUAGCAUCCUUCGACAGCCUGAUUCCACCACAACCACGACAAUCAACUUCUCACAAACACAAUGGCUGAACCACGCAUGCGCCUCCGCCAAAAAGGCCAACAAUUCUCCAAUCCAGAACUCGCUGGUCUCCUCGAAGCAUUCGGCGACACACAACCCCUCCCCGCAACCCUCACAACCCUCGACGAAAUCAUUACCGACUUCAUCAUCGAAACCUGUCACAGCGCCGCCAUCUGCGCCUCAUACUCGCGCCGUCAAAAGAUCAAGGUCGAUGACUUCAAGUGGGUUCUGCGAAGAGAUGCAAAGAAGCUCGGCAGAGUGACGGAAAUUUUCUUUGCUGAGAAGAUUCUCAAGGAUAACAGAAAGGCUUUCGACAUUGGUACGGGAGAGGGUCUGGUGCAGGGAAAGAAGGGUGCUGUCAAGGAGCUGGGCGUUGAUGACGAGGGAGAAGAGGGUGGCAGGAAAAAGAAGAAGAGAAAGACCGAGGCGUAGAGUGGCCACCGGGGAGGUGAGACGGUCGGAGGGCGACAUUGUUAUCAUUUGGAAUUCUGGUCUUUAGCGAGGAGUUUGAUGGAAAGGUGCAACAAGGGCAUCAACGGGGACAAGGGAAGCAGGAGACACUGCGCUAACAUCACACUUAUGACUUUGACGAAACACACAGAGGUUACCUCAUGAUUGAAAAACGAAAAGUAUAUCUUGACUUGUACAUAACUGAGGUCUAUAAUUCGUCAACGAGCAUGAAGUGUUCCCUUUUUGUGCCUGUCGCUUCUUCAAAAACGCCUUUCAAGCCGAAUCGUCAUGGAAUCCACCCGCUCAAAUGCUGUCUCUUGUUCGUGCUUAAGCAGCGUGCUCGUACUUUUGGGCGUGAGCGGCAAUGGCACGACCACUGGGGUCAGUCUGGUUGGACCAUGUAGGUGUCCAUCUCAUGACGGUCGAGGCGCAGUGAGGGGGGAAGUGCUCGUC